AUGUUCAAGAAGCUCAAAGAAACAAUCAUAUUUUCAAGUUUAAUUGCUUACGGAAACGCCGAUUCCGGAACUUCCCUAUGCAAGCAAGAAUGUCAUAAAAACGCAGAAUGUCUAACCACUACAGUUGGAGAACAUCAGUGUGUUUGUCGACCCGGAUUCAGGGGAGACGGACAGGACUGCUCAGCGCAAUUUACUCUUCAAGUCCAACUCUGCCAGGAUGAAAAUAAGAAAGCUCUUCAAAAGGCCCUGAAGCAGGCAUCAAAUAAGCCCUCUGAGUCAAUGCUCAUCAAUAUUUGGAUGGAAGACAGUGGCAACGAGUGGCAACAAGCAAUAAACUACCAAGUGCCUUCGUUGGAAUUCCCCACGACGUUUAAUUAUUACGAAAAUAUGAAUAUCAGACAUAUUACGAAGAUAAAAGUGUUACAAGAAAAUUGGCAGAACUUAUGCCUCCAGCGACUUUCUAUCCAUCAGGGCAAUGCGGAUAUACAUUUGCUGGCUGAAAUGGAUGCAAAGGCUUUUGUGCCAGAUUGGGCAGAUUGCAGCGACCCAACAGACAUGGAACGUUGUUUCAAAUUUGCUUGGUGGAAGAAAAAGUGUCAGUCAAAGAAACGAAUCGAUGGAGAAGGAGAAGCCUGCCGAUCGAGGAUGAUCUACAAACGACAGGCUGGAUCAAAGCUUCUCCGAACAACGUGCGAAACUGAGACGUGUCAUAAGAAUGCUGAAUGCAGCAUAAAAGGAGGUAGGGUUAAUUGUACUUGUAAGGAUGGAUACAGCGGCGAUGGCAAAUCUUGCAAGGAUAUCGAUGAAUGCGAAGAAGGCACGCAUACUUGUGGUACCAACGCGCUUUGCAAGAAUACAGGAGGAAGUUUUCAAUGCACUUGUGAUGAGGGCUUCUUUGGCGACGGUCAAGUGUGCUCAAAGAUGUGUUCCGAAGAUAGUUUGCCAAAGAACAUGAUUAUUUCGCAGAAAGAUGCUAAGCCGAAAAAUAAGGGCGGUAUCUAUCCAGCUGGAUGCAAAGCUGGAUCAUCUAUCUUUCCCGCGCAUGGCAUGGAUCUUCAGAUGACUACUUACAAACUCAACUGCAGCUGUACUGACACCAAAUGCUCCUGGAAAACUAUGCCUUCCUUUACCUGCCAAACUGGAUGCCCAUUUCUUCAUCCAGGCAAAAUCUCAAAACUGAAGCACUGGGAAGAUGAGCGCGACAGUAAAUUGAAUCAGAUAAAAUUCAAGGUCAAGUUUCGAUCACCAUCUCAAAUCCCAGAAGAAUGGCGGCUCCUGGUGACCUUUGGCACGGAUAUUCCGGAAGGAGCUCGUUACGGUGGUCCCACCGCGAAGAUGCUUCAAAUGAGUAGAAAUCAACUGCUUCUCGCUGGCGAUCUGGACAACAGUCACAAUCCAGACCUCAAGGUCGCGCCCAAUAAGGAUAUUGGCUUCACUUUCAAAUUGAGAAACUUGAAGAAGAAAUUCCUCAAGUCACUUGUCAAGGGAAUGACCCUUCACCAUGUCGGACAUGAAGUCAACGACCUUUCAUGUUGGCAAGAACUUCCAGAUGAAAAGCUGGCGCUUGAUUAUGAGUCAUACGAAUCUCAAGAACCAGAAGAAUCUGAAGAGGAGGAAUAUGAUGAAGAGGCUUAG